AUGUGCUGGCGCUGCGCCUGCUCGUGGGACGUGCGAAUGGUCGUGCACGCGCGCGAAGUUCACCUGUAUGACCAGGUCACUGGCCAGCGCUUCGCACAUGCAGACUGGCCGGACCCUGCUUUGGGUGCGCACGUCGUGGAGAGGCGGAAUGCCAAGGUGCUGGUGGUUCUCGCAGCCAACAGUGUGUUUGUGUUGUCAUUGCCACGCCUCGACACCGUACACCGGGUACAGCGCCAUGUGCCACCAGGCCAAGAGGUCGUUGCAUCGACACCGCAAGUGAGUCUGGAGCGCCAGGGCGAUUUUAUGGAGCUGACCAAUGGUCAACAGCUGCGGCUGUGGUCCAUUUUUGGCUCACUCCCUCACGCCGAGAUGCCCAGCUUGUUCUUAUUUACGCCACGUUCCCUUCCACUUCCGCCAGGUGCUGGCGCAACGGGGUACAUCGCAAGUGUCGCUGGUUGGCUCGGCUCGUCAGCGGGCCAGUCGUUGUCACAGGGUGGCCAAAUCGAUGCACUCAUCGGUGGCAAGCGCCGAGCCAAGUUGCCUAAUUUGCCUCCACGCAUGGUUUGGCAAAAGGAUGACGACCUCAGCACCAAUGCAGCUGGCUCAGCAGCUACAGGGAUCCAGGGUCAAGGCACAGGUAAAGCAGGCUCUUCUCAAGCCGCGAGUACCGAUCCCAAUGCAAGCGGUGCUUGGCUAGCUAGUUACCAACGGCAAUUCCUCAACUUUGCGUCUAGCAGUGCUCGUGCGCAAGCAAGCUGGAAUAUGCAAUUACUCCACAAGCGCGAUGAGAUUCUUUCAGACCUUGACGAGAGCAUGACGAAUUUGGAGCGGGGCGCUAAGGACUUUUUCAAGCAAACGCGGAACGCCGCACUUAAAUCGGCUGCUAAGGAAAAGUUCAAUUCAUACUUUUAA